AAAUUUUAAGUUUACAUAAUUAAUUAGUACACCACUAAUCACAACCAUUGAUCUCCCUCUCUCUCGCUAGAUUAGUACUAAACAACAUUUAUACCUUUAUGCUUUCUACUGAACUUUUCUCAGAUCCUUCUUCACUCUUCAGUGUUUCCUCUCUCCUACUAAAACCUUCUUCAGUUUCUUGAAUUCAAUUCUUCUCUUAGUCUUCUCCAUUUUAUGAUUUCUUGGUGGUAUCAAGAACUCAGUGACCGAUUUCUUGAAAAAGCUAAUGAGUUUUAGAUAAACUCGUUGCUUGCUUUCUCUUCAUUCUCCGAUCUGGGUUUUGGUUUUAAAUCCAUACCCAAGUAGCAAAACUAGAAGACAAGAGCUAUAGAAAUUAGGGUUUAGAGUUUACCUUAUUGGUGAAUUGUGGUAAAGGAACAAACUUUAGGGGGAGAACUCAUUCAGACAUGAUUCAGUUACUGUUUCUAGUUCUAUUUGUGGAAGGUGCGAUUGCAUUCUUACUGUUGAUAAAGAUUGGUCCUUUGAGAGAGCUUGUGAUUAAAAGUCUUGACCAGAUGAAGAUGGGUAAAGGUCCUGCCACUGUGAAAACAAUCGCUGGAACUAUGUCUGUUAUUCUCUUUUCUAAUCUUAUGAGCAUUGUCAAGAUCCAGAAUAAAGGUGCAAAGCUUGGGACAAUGUCUCCUAUGGAUCAGGUUCUUUGGAGAACACACUUGCUUGAAGCUUCUUUAUUGGGAGUCGUACUUUUUCUCGGCUUUAUAAUUGACAGAAUGCAUCACUACCUCAGAAAGCUAAUCAAUUUGAGAAGCAACGUCGGAUCAUCGAAAGAAGAACUUGAACAGCUCCAGAAAGAAAGAACCGAACUGAAGGAGAAAGAGGAGAAAGCAUCCAAGGAAAUCAAGCAGUUGCAAGUAAAAUUGUCAUCUAUUACAGAGAGACUAAAGAAAGCAGAGACUGAGUCAAAAGAGAAAGAGAAGAAACUCGAAACUGCUGAAACACAUGUUACGGCGUUACAGAAACAGUCUGCAGAGCUGCUUCUAGAGUAUGAUAGAUUGCUAGAAGAUAACCAACAUCUCCAAAGCCAAAUCUUGGGGAAAACCAAGAGCUGAUGUUAAGAUUGUCUGGUGUUAUUUAACAAUGAGAGAGUUUAUAGAGUAUUGUAGUUGCAGGAAUUCUUGCAACAUUUUUGUUUUUAGUGUAUGGAUAUUGAAUGGUUCUUGUUUCUUCUCAAGUCUUUGGAAUGUUUUUGUGACGACAAUUAUAUCAAAAUCAGCGUUGAGUAUGACAAAGAAAGAGAGCUAAGAUAGUUAAUUUGUAACU